GCUGACAGGUGCCGAGCUAGCGUUAGUGAAUCCCUUCUCUCUAACACUCCCCUGCAGGUUCAAACUUAAUUUCAUGGAAAAGUACGGGGAGAAAUCUCACUUGGUGCUGGAAAAGAAGCGCAAUAACUAUUUGCUGUCGCAAGCAAGCUGGAUGCCUCAGCCACCCACGUCGGACGUAGGGAAAAGCCCGCCCCCUGUAACCGAUGACAGUAGCACCACAAAUUCCCACUGCCACAACAACAGCAAGACGCUUGAGCAGAGGCAUCAUGAGCGGAAGCAAGCUCAGAGGAGGCUGGCUCUGGCCCUGGUCAUCUGCAUCAUCUUCCUGGUCGGAGAGGUGGUCGGUGGAUAUUUGGCACGUAGUUUGGCUGUGAUGACUGAUGCGGCACAUCUUCUCGCCGAUGUCACAAGUUUUCUGAUUAGCUUGUGCUCAUUAUGGUUAUCGUCAAGGCCAGCAACCAAGAAAUUGAAUUUUGGAUGGUACAGAGCAGAAAUUCUUGGAGCACUCUUCUCAGUGAUCAUAACUUGGCUUGUAACAGGAAUCCUGGUCUACCUCGCUUGUGAACGGUUCAUCAAUGUUGAUUAUGAAAUUAAUGGAGUGGUCAUGGUUAUAACAUCUGCCUGUGCAGUGGUAGCAAACAUAAUAAUGGGGUUGGUACUACACCAACACAGUCACGGUGCAACGCAACUCCAGCAUUCAGUGGAAGGUAACCACCAUCAUCGGCCAAAUGCCAGCAUUAGAGCGGCGUUCAUUCAUGUGGUGGGAGAUUUCUUGCAAAGCAUUAGUGUGUUAAUCAGUGCACUGGUAAUUCUCUUCAAGCCCCAAUACAAAAUAGUUGACCCUAUCUGCACGUUUAUUUUCUCUCUGUUCGUGUUAGGAACAACUUUCAAAAUUCUGCGCGAUAUUUUGGUGGUGCUGAUGGAAGGCACACCACUUGGACUUAAUUAUAACGUUGUGAAAGAAAAGAUCCUGGCAGUUAAUGGAGUGAAGGCAUUGCACAGCCUUCACCUCUGGGCUCUGAGCAUGAACCAGGUUGUUCUUACAGUUCACGUUGACACUGUUGAUACGGUGGAUCCACAACAGGUUCUUAAGGAACUUACUCUGCUGGUUUACAAGACUUUUAAUGUUCACUCUGCCACGAUUCAAGUGGAGCAGCAUUUGGAUCAAGAACCAGAUUGUUGGUAUUGCCAAGAACCCAAAGAUUAAAAUUGUAUUAAGCAAUUGUGUUUUUUUUUUCAUUAGCUUAUUCUAUGUUUCGUAAAGGCAGUUCCAUUGGCCUUCAGUGCAUCCACUUUCAGUUAGCGAACCUCACCAAAAUCCAAGAAAAUACAUGUGGUGUUUGCGUAUCAAUA